AUGGGAAACAUCAUAUUCAUACACUUCUUCCUUCUAGGCCUUCUACCCAGUUCUGUUCUUUUCCCAUUGGUUUAUGGCCAGAGUCAACAAGGCUUUAUUAGUAUUGACUGCGGAUCCAAUUCUAGCUACACAGAGAAAAUUACAGGCAUAAAUUAUGUCCCAGAUUGGAGUUAUAUCGACACGGGCAGAGUAAGAAGUAUACCAUCAAAUAGAAUAUUGUCUGAUCUGGAAAGACAACUCUGGAGUUUAAGAAGUUUUCCACAAGGAAAAAGGAACUGCUACAAUGUUAAAGUGAAAGUUGGGACUAAGUAUUUGAUCAGAGCUAGUUUCUUAUAUGAAAAUUAUGAUGCUCAAAAUACAGUUCCUGAAUUUGAUUUGCACUUUGGACCAAACUUUUGGGUGACUGUGAAAUUGGGACUGCCACAGACUAUUAUACACGAAGAGAUAAUUCAUAUCACAACUUCAAAUAAUGUAAAAGUUUGUGUUGUCAAUACUGGAAAUGGAACACCCUUUAUUUCUGCCUUGGAGUUGAGACCUUUGGAAAAUGUAAGCUAUGAAACUGUGUCUGGAUCAUUAUCAACUUACAUGCGAUUGGACAUUGGAGCAAAUAACAACACAUUCAUUCGAUAUCCAGAUGACGUUUAUGAUCGUAUUUGGAGUCCACCAGUCCCAAUCUCAGGAUGGGUUCAAAUACAAACCUCUUCUGAAGUGAACAAUAAUGAUAACAAAGGUUUCAAAGCACCAUCUUCGGUGCUUAAUACAGCAUCCACAGUAGCAGAUGCAAGUGCACCAAUGUUCAUACCUUGGGGUGAUCCUGACCAAUCCACCAAAUUCUAUAUAUACAUGUAUUUUGCUGAACUUCAAACCCUCCAACCUAACCAAUCAAGAACAUUCAAAAUCUAUAAUAAUGGCAAGCUCUUCUAUAAUCGAGAUGUUUCCCCUGCAUAUCUCAAUGAAAAUGUCAUCUAUAGUCCGGCACCCUUAUCUAUUAAUGCAACACAUGAAUUUACUCUGGUCAUGUCCCAAGGUUCGACUAUGCCACCCAUCUUGAACGCGCUCGAGAUAUAUAAAGUGAUGAACUUUGAUCGACCUACAACAAACCAAGGAGAUGUUGUUGCUAUUGAAUCCAUCAAGAAAGAUUAUAAGGUUACAAAAGAAGAUUGGCAAGGAGAUCCAUGUGCUCCAAAAACUUUAGCUUGGGGGGCUCUUGUCUGUAAAUAUGAUGCUUCAGAUCCUCCGACAAUUAUAGGCUUGAACUUGUCAUCCAGUGGAUUGAUGGGAGAAAUUUCAAGAAACAUAUCAAAUCUGGCAAAGCUUGAGGUUUUGGAUUUGUCAAACAAUAACCUAAUUGGACCAGUGCCAGAGUUUCUAGCUGAAAUGCCAUUCUUGAGGGUUUUAAACUUAGCAGGAAACAACCUAAGCGGCCAAGUUCCUGCUGCACUUAUUAACAAAAUGAACAAAGCCUCUCUUUCACUAAGUUUGGAUGGAAACCCAAAUCUACAUGUGACAGCUACAAAUGAGAAAAAGAACGAUAUACUCAUGCCUAUUCUAGCAGCAUUUGGUAUUCUUACAGGCCCUGUUAUGGUACAGCCUCAUUCACCACAAAAUUCUCAUAUCGAACCUCAAUCUCAUGGGCCAUUAGAUCAGCAUCCAAGAAGAAGAUAUUUAUAUGCAGAUAUCUUGAAAAUGACAAAUCAUUUUGACACAUUGCUAGGUGAAGGAGGAUUUGGAAAAGUUUAUUAUGGUCAAAUUAGUAAUGGUACUGAAGUGGCUGUAAAGAUGUUAUCUCCAAAGUCAGGUCAAGGUUAUAAAGAAUUUCAAGCAGAGGUUGAUAUUCUUUUGAGAGUUCAUCACAGAAACUUGACUAGUCUAGUGGGAUAUUGUAAUGAGGGAGACACGAAAAUGGGGCUUAUCUAUGAAUAUAUGGGCAGAGGAAACCUUGGAUCACUCCUAGGUGGAAAAGGAGAGGUUUUGAGAUGGAAAGACAGAUUACAAGUAGCACUAGAUUCAGCACAAGGCCUAGAAUAUUUGCAUAAUGGUUGCAGACCACCGAUAAUCCACAGAGAUAUCAAAUCAAGCAACAUUUUAUUGAAUGAACAUUUUCAAGCAAAACUGGCUGAUUUUGGCCUAUCUAGAGCUUUCCCUACUGAUGGAGAUGCCACUCAUGUCACUACCAAAGUGGUCGGCACUCCUGGCUACCUUGAUCCUCAGUAUUACAUAUCAUUUAGAUUGACAGAGAAGAGUGAUAUUUAUAGCUUUGGAAUUGUUCUUAUGGAACUCAUUACUGGGAGACCAGUGUUAGUAAAAAGUGGUGAAAUAAGUCACAUAACUAAAUGGGUAGAUUUCAACAUUAAUCAAGGAGAUAUCUACUCUAUAAUGGACCCGAAAAUAAAAGAAAGUUGUAACGUUAACUCUGUAUGGAAAGCAGUAGAUAUGGCAAUGGCUUGUACUGCUUCAGAUCCUACAAAUAGGCCAACAAUGAGUCAAGUUGUGAGUGAACUGAAGGAAUGUCUAAACCUCGAGUUAAACCACGGCAACGACCGUCAAGUUGACUCUACAAUGUCUAUUGCCUCAACAUUCGACAACGAACUUGGUCCUGUGGCAAGGUAG